AAUAAACCUUAAUGUGAUGGACCCUUCCGCCUCAGAAGAAGCUCUCUCGAUUUCACGCGACUCGCACUUAUUUACAUUCCUCCCUGUCAACCAACCCAGCUCACCGGACAGCCAACGAGCGAAACGCGGCUAUCAAUCGUGUGACAAUUGCCGCGACAAGAAAAAACGAUGUGUGACUGCAGUUGGUGAGACCAAGUGCCAACGAUGCCAAGAAGAGUCAAAGCCCUGCUUGGUUACCCAUCAGAGAAAGAAGAGGAAAUUGCGACCGUCAGUAGGCAGAGAAACACGGUUGGAGUUAGUUGACCGACCUCCUUCCCUCGACUCUGCGAAGGUAUCAUCUCCCGGUCGCCGUGAAACAACCAAGGAGCGAAUCUUGUCGACGAAGCUUCUCGAUGCAAGUGAUGCUCUUGAUCUGAUUGCAGUCGCGAGCUCGAAAGAGAACAUUGAUGAAGAGCGUCUGCAACGUGAGCGGCAUGAUCAUCGCGGUCUAGAUCUGCUAGCUCGUCCCUCAAAUGGAGGGCUUUGGACAGGAUGGAAACAAUUCUUCCUCGUCAAGAGAGGAAUCGUACGCGCCGAAGAAGUGGUCGAGUAUCUGAACUUCUACUUCUCCAUGCUAUGGCACCUGUUCCCAAUAAUCCCACAGCAUUAUGCAGCUCCCGAUCGCUAUGUUGCGCUAGCCACAGCGGAGCCUGUUCUUACCAUUGCUCUGGUCGCACUCGCAUCGAGGUAUCAUACGCUCAGUGAAUACAAUGGCAUAGCCCGUUCCGAACGAGUCCAUUGGCGCACCUGGACGUGGGUGCAGAAGCUCUUCCAGUCAGCCAUGUGGGGAUCAUCCGGGAUGCGCAGCUACGGUGCAAUUGCCGCCUUGCUGUUGUUUGUGGAGUGGCAUCCAAGAGCAAUCAACUCGCCUGAGGAUUUCAUCAAUGGCGGCGGUGCGCCGGAGCUCUUUGAGCCACAUUAUCAACAUGACGACGAUCCUCAGACCCGACCAAGCAUACCAGAACAACUUAAUCUGAUAGCCACGGCGUACAAGAGCAACAAGAUGUCUUGGAUGCUGAUCUCCACUGCGAUCGCUCUGGCGCAAGAGCUCGGGUGUUUUGACGAAGAGACAACCAGCCGGACUGGGGUGACUCCUCUAAGUCACGAAUGGGCUCGAAUUCUGCGUACGUUUCUUCCACUCAUUGAUGAAGGGUUAGCCUUGCGACUACGGCUCGAACCGCAGCUGGCACUUGGACCCGGGCCAGACUUGACGGGCCAUAUGCCGUCUAGUAUGGCAGGGGACGCGCACUGGGAAAGUGCAGUGGAGCUCGGAGCACAUAUUCGCAAAGCACGAGAACUCCUUCGAAGCUGGAGAAAGAGCGAAGCUGGGUCAGGGGCUGGUGUACCUCUCGGCGCCUGGGAGGGUUUCCGGCGAGGUCUCGACCGCUGGAAAAGACAGAGAGACUUCAGCAACGAUGCUCAGAGCCUGUCACUACGGAAUUCUUGUCUGGAUAUUGAAUACUACUACGUCAGGCUCUGUGGCUUGAGCCCCGCGGCCCACAUCGUCGAGCGGCAGGCCGGCAACGAGACAUCGCUUUCGGACUUCGCAGACGAUGCCACCACAGCAUCCAUUGACAUGCUCCACUGCGUGCUGCAUAGACUGGUGCUUACAAGGGCUUUCAGGUACGUAGGGGUCAAGAUCUGGCUUCACAUCGUUUGUGCCGCAUUAUAUCUCUUAAAGAUUACCUUGAAAACGGAGGAAAGACUGGACCACUCGAGUCCGCGCAUUCGGCUCAUCCUGAAUGUUGUCGAUUCAAUCAAAGAAAACUCUCCAGACGAUGUUCACUUGGCACAGCGAUACGCGGCGCUACUUGAGAUUCUGGUCCACGCCGCCCUGGAGUCUUGUGCGAGGGGGCCAAGCGUCCGACCGGGGGAAGGCAGCCCUGCUAUUCCCCGCUAUGGUCUUAUCAACUUCGAAGACAGAAUUGAUCCCGCAGGGGAUUGGAUUUAUGGAUCAGAGUUCUGGGACUCGUUACCGGAUAUGGUGGGGUUGGACAGCGUGUCCAAUUUGUUUAUACCGGCAGAAUAG